AACCUCGACCCGGAAGUAGUGCCUUGCGCUGCCGGGGAGACUGCGCGACCGUCUCGGCUCCCCGUUCGUGCUUCGGCAGCCAUCAUGGGGAAGCCACGCCGGAGAAUCCCGCAGGCUUUGCGGGCCUCGGCAGAGAGAGGAGAAAAGAUGGAGGAGCCGGAGCCAGGAGAGCCUCACGUGAUGGAGGAGGCGGACGACUUCCACGAGCGGCGGCUGGAGGAGGCGGUCCUGGCGGCCCUGGGCAGCGAGGAGGAGAAGGGCGAGGAGGAGGAGGAGGAGGAGGUGCUGGGCCUGGAGCUGUCCGGGGACAGUGAGUCUGAGGAAGAUGGGGAAGGGCCGAGCGAGCACGCGGGGCCUGAUGAGGAGGACGAGCCUCCGGACAUGGACAGCGACCUGGAAGAGCAGCGGGGUGAAGGCAGGUGGGGCUCAGGCCUCCCCCAUGAGCUGGCUUGGGGUCAGCGGAAGAAGCUCUACUAUGGCACGGACUACGAGGCAGCAGGGAGUCGUUCCAAAGCCCCGAAGAAGAGCAAGGAGGAGACGGAAGCAGAGGAGCUGGAAGAAGAGGCAGAGGCUCAGGCCAUUCAGAGGCGGAUGGCGGAGAACUUGGGGGAGGAGGACUAUGGCUUAGACCUCCUGCAGGCUUACACCAGGACAGCUGAGCCACCAAGCGGGAAAGAGUCCGGGCAGAAAAUUGCCAAGGACUUGGCCUCUCUUUCUAAAAAGGAACAGCUGAAAUUGCUGAGAAAGGAAUCUCCGGAACUGCUGGAGCUGAUUCAGGACUUUGAAGCCAAAGUCACUGAGCUCAGGGAUGAACUGGAGCCACUUAUGCAAAUGGUCAGGGACAGAGUCAUCCCAGAGGGAAAAGGUAGCCAGUAUUUGCAAACCAAGUACCACCUCUAUCUGAACUACUGCUGUAACAUCAGCUUUUACUUGGUGCUGAAAGCAAAAAGAAUUCCAGUCCAUGGCCAUCCAGUCAUUGAAAGGCUUGUAACUUACAGAAAUUUAAUAAAUGACUUAGGAGUUGUGGACCAAAAACUGUUACCAGAGGUUAGUCUGCUUCUUAAUGCAUUCCAUAGUAGUGAGACCAAUGGGGUGGAAACUAGGAUGAAGCCCAUGGCAUUUGUCGGAAAAACAGUUAAUAAAAGGAAAUCAAAAUCUCCAAACUUUUCUAACGGCAAGGCUGAAGAAGAACCCACAGAUGAUUCAGAUUUUGAUGAGCAAGCUGCACUGAAUUUUUAUAAGCAGAUGGAAGAAAAGGUAAUGCUUAAGAAGAAGAGGAAACAAGAAGAAAGAGAAGACACAAGUCAUCUCAUCAUUGAAGAGGAUGUAUCAGAUCAAAAGAGAGGAGCAACGUACCAGAUUUUGAAAAAUAAAGGCCUCACACCUAAAAGAAAGAAGAUUGAUCGUAACCCAAGAGUAAAACAUCGUGAGAAAUUCAGAAGAGCCAAGAUCCGUAGAAAGGGACAAGUUCGUGAGUUCCGAAGAGAAAUACAAAAAUAUGGAGGCGAAUUGUCUGGCAUUCGUGCUGGAGUUAAGAAAAGUACUAAGCUUAAGUGAUCCAUUCUCUCCCUCCUUUCAUCUCCUCCCCUUUAUUUACAGACUAAAGAUAGUGGACAUGAGCUUAAUAAAUACACUUUUUUGGAAUGAUUAC